AUGCCUUUGACCAUUGACGUUAUCUUGGUUAACAAUGAUCCACCAUUGACGUUAUCUCACUCGCUGCCAUCGCUUGCUUGCUUGCUUGCUUUCGCUGCUGCUCUGCGAAGCAAAUCCAAAAAAUUUGAGAUGAGUUUGGCUAUCAACCAUUGCGGCAGCUAUGGAAUUAAUUCUUUCACAAUUUCAAGCUGCAAGGGUGGCCGGAAAAGUAGUCACGGUAAAUAUAUGGUACCCAUCAGAAUGCUAAAGGGACCUUAUACUUCUACACCUCAGGAUCUUAGCCAAGAUUUGGCAUCAUUGGCCAAGAGUGAUACAAGCAGCAGCUUCCCAUUUAAGACAGUCGUAAAUUCCAUGGCAGUGGCAAAUUUGGUCUUCGCAGACAUGGCGAAGGCUGUAAGCACGGGAAAAUUUUUGGAAGGUGCUGUUUCAGUUUAUACCUUGGCUGAUGGUGGCCCUGGAGAAUGGUUUGGAGGUUUCCUAUUUUCUGCUGGACAAGAAGCUAAUGAGGCUGUUCAAGACCAGUUAUCUGCCCUCAGUUUCUCUAGUUUGGCAGUUAUUUUUGGGGCUGGGCUUGUGACCAGCCUUUCUCCUUGUACUCUUAGCGUUCUGCCACUGACACUAGGUUACAUAGGAGCAUUUGGCUCAGGGCAAAGCAAGGCAGAGGUUGUUGGGAAUUCAAUUGCAUUCUCAUUAGGAUUGGCAACUACACUUGCACUCUUAGGCAUAGGAGCCUCAUUUGCUGGAAAGGCAUAUGGACAGACAGGGCAGGGGUUACCUUUGGCUGCUUCAGGUUUAGCUAUUGUUAUGGGCUUGAAUCUCCUUGAGGUAAUUGAACUACAGCUCCCCUCAUUUUUUAACAAUUUUGAUCCCCGGGCUGCUGCUGCUAAUUUCCCAUCAAGUGUGCAAGCAUAUCUAGCUGGGCUUACAUUUGCUUUAGCUGCCUCACCAUGCAGUACGCCAGUGUUGGCCACUCUGCUAGGAUAUGUAGCUACAUCGAAGAAUCCAGUUAUAGGAGGCAGCUUACUUUUGACAUACACAACUGGUUAUGUUGCUCCUCUACUUCUUGCUGCUUCUUUUGCUGGAGCAUUGCAGCAAGUGAAAGCUUCCACCAUAUUUCUUUGUUAUUGUGCGGUUCUCUGCUUGCCUGUGACUGGCCUCAUAGUAAACGAUUUCAAGACUUUAACAGUGCUGGCAACUUUAAAUCAUACUUGUGUACUCGUGUCUGUGGAUGCGAUUGUUUCAAAGUCUUGA